UGUGAAGAAUGUAUUACGGAGUAGUUGUUGUCGAUCAUAAGUCGACUGAGACGGCGGCACAGUUUCUUCUUCUACUUCUUUAGAGUAAAGCCCCCCCAUGUCUCGGUUCGGUGUUGCAGGAUGUCGUGAACCUUAGAGUACACCCCGAGACCUCGCUUUCGCGAUGGCAUCAAGAAGUAAGACCACGGCCCGGGCCGCCUGGUCUUUUGAUGAAUUUCGGAUAUUUUUGGCUUUUGCUCUGAUAGGUCUAACUAACACGAUUCUACCAUCCCUGAUCCACGCCGCAAACUAUCUAAUCAUCCCAUACCCCCGGCACAUCGUCAUUCUCAUCGAGGUCGCGCCGGUACUCCUCACCAAGCUAACUCUCCCGUUCAUCAUCCACCGUAUUCCAUGCCGAAUUCGACCACUUCUCGUCGCGGUAGUAUGGGUUAUUCUCAAGCGAAUCGCAGAUGACACACCGCCGAACGUGCCCCCGCCAAUUCGCAUCGCGACGACUAUUAUUGCAUCGGCUGCAUCCGCGGCAAUGGAGGUUUCCUGUCUCGGGACGCUCGGCCAGGCCGGGCUUCCGGGUCUCGCGGGGUGGGGCUUCGGUACCGGCGCGGGGUCGCUGGAGAAUGCCGCGUGGCCGUUUCUUUUGACGUACGGGGCCGGGAAGCUUCUGCGCAGCGCUACGACGUAUAUCUACUACGCUGUAGCUCUGCUUUUGGUGGCUCACUUUGUCGUAUUGCCUCCACGAUUCUCGAAAAGGUGUACGAAGAAUGACGCGCGAGGGAAGCAACAUGAGAACGUCAUUGUCGAGGAAGGCCAGUCCUUUUUAUGGCACGAUAGGUCCGCUGGUCUGAAUCACGAGCGAAGUAGGUUCGAGUCGCUCCGCAAUCUCAUCCGCUCAGAGAUAUCACCCCUCUUCAUAGCAUCCGCGGCGAUGUCUCUGCCACAGUACGGCCUCGCCAGGCCGCUCGAGGGAUCGGCCUUUGAGACAUUUGCCCACUUUUACACCACAUACGGCAUGGCCCUUCAUCUAGGGGUAUGGAUCGGACGGUCUUCGCUCAAGAUUCUCCCGGUGCGGAAUCUCAGACUGCACAUGACUACUUUGUUCGUCUGGGUGGCGCUUUCAUUCUUUAACGCCAUGUUCCUCGUCUCGACGCACCUGGCCUUUUUCAUGGUCUUCUUAAUCGGUCUAGCGGCGGGAUCUGUGUAUGUAAAUGUCCUGGCAAGGCUAGUCGGAGAGGGGAGGGAAACGGCUGCUAGGGAGGUUGGUGUUGGGUUUGUUACUGCUGGCGAUGCGGGGGGUUUGCUUGUUGGUGGCGUGGUGGGUUCUCUUCUCGAGAUGACGAUGUGUCGCUCGCUUGUCGAUGGCAAACGGUGGUGCAAUAGAGCCCGGUAGAGAGGUGGUUAUAUAGGUGACAAAGUAAUUCACUGGUGAAUGUAUCAAUAUUGCCCUUCUACCUCGUACUCCCACUACUAUUCUUAUCACUGUCUUGGAUUCUAGCGGUAUGUUCCUCCUAGAACACACUCAGAAGACUAAAUAAAAAGAGAAGAGGUAAGACUAAACAAAAUAAAAGGAGUAAUAGAGGUAAUAGUCGAGGAAACAAUGAAG